AGGGGCCGGGGCGCCGGGACCUGGCGUUCACCCGAGUCUCCGAGGUGCCGGUGCUCAGCAAGCCGCGGAGGGGAGGAGCAGUCCCCGGGCUGAGCCUGGCCUGGGGCCAAGUGCGUCCAGGGCGGAGGGUGACGGGAAGCCACCAACGCCUGAGGAGUCACUUUUGGGCGCUUGUUUCGGAGCACUGCACAAACCCGGGUGCCAACCCCGAGCUCACCGGCAUUCUAUCUGGGUGCUGGCACUCAGCCACUCCUCUGCCAAUGAAGUACAUCUUGGUCACUGGUGGGGUCAUCUCGGGCAUCGGUAAAGGGAUCAUAGCAAGCAGCAUUGGGACGAUUCUAAAAUCAUGCGGACUCCGAGUUACUGCCAUCAAAAUCGACCCCUAUAUAAACAUCGAUGCGGGCACUUUUUCACCUUAUGAGCACGGUGAAGUGUUUGUCUUAAACGAUGGUGGAGAAGUUGAUUUAGACCUUGGAAAUUAUGAAAGGUUCUUGGACAUUAAUCUUUAUAAAGACAACAACAUCACCACUGGGAAGAUAUAUCAACAUGUGAUCAACAAAGAGAGGCGUGGCGAUUACCUGGGGAAAACAGUACAAGUUGUCCCUCACAUUACUGAUGCUGUCCAGGAGUGGGUUAUGAAUCAAGCCAUGGUGCCUGUGGAUGGUCACAAGGAAGAGCCCCAAAUAUGUGUUAUUGAGCUGGGUGGCACCAUUGGAGACAUUGAAGGAAUGCCAUUUGUGGAAGCGUUCAGACAAUUCCAGUUUAAAGCAAAAAGAGAGAAUUUCUGUAAUAUCCAUGUUAGCCUUGUCCCACAGCCCAGUGCUACUGGAGAACAGAAAACCAAACCCACACAAAACAGUGUCCGUGCGUUGAGGGGCUUAGGCCUGUCUCCCGAUCUGAUUGUCUGCCGAAGUUCAACGCCCAUCGAAAUGGCUGUGAAGGAAAAGAUUUCUAUGUUUUGUCACGUGAACCCUGAACAGGUUAUAUGUAUCCACGAUGUUCCUUCCACCUACCGAGUACCUGUGCUUUUGGAGGAACAAGGCAUCGUUAAAUAUUUCAAAGAGAGAUUGGAUCUGCCUAUUGGGGAUUCUGCAAGCAAUUUGCUUUUCAAGUGGAAAAAUAUGGCUGACAGGUAUGAAAGGUUACAGAAAACGUGUUCCAUAGCCCUGGUUGGCAAGUACACCAAGCUCAGGGACUGCUAUGCCUCCGUGUUCAAAGCCCUGGAACACUCAGCGUUGGCCAUCAACCACAAGUUGAAUCUGAUGUACAUAGAUUCCAUUGAUCUGGAGCAGACUACCGAAACUGAGGACCCUGUGAAAUUCCACGAAGCUUGGCAGAAACUCUGCAAAGCUGAUGGUGUUCUUGUGCCAGGAGGCUUCGGAAUCAGAGGAACGUUGGGAAAACUCCAGGCGAUUUCUUGGGCACGGUCAAGGAAGAUUCCUUUUCUGGGAGUUUGCCUUGGGAUGCAACUGGCAGUGAUAGAAUUUGCGAGAAACUGCCUUAACUUGAAAGAUGCUGAUUCCACAGAAUUUGAGCCAAAUGCCCAUGUUCCUGUGGUGAUUGAUAUGCCGGAACACAACCCUGGCAAUUUGGGAGGAACGAUGAGGCUGGGAAUAAGAAGAACUGUUUUCAAAACUGAAAAUUCAAUAUUAAGGAAACUUUAUGGUGACGUUCCUUUUAUAGAAGAAAGACACAGACAUCGGUAUGAGGUGAAUCCUAGCCUGAUCAACCAACUUGAGCAUAAUGACUUAAGUUUUGUAGGUCAGGAUGUCGACGGGGAGCGGAUGGAGAUCAUUGAACUGGCAAAUCACCCCUAUUUUGUCGGUGUCCAAUUCCAUCCUGAGUUUUCUUCGAGGCCAAUGAAGCCUUCCCCUCCAUACCUGGGGCUAUUACUUGCGGCAACGGGGACUCUGAAUGCCUACCUCCUUCAGGGAUGCAAGCUGUCUUCCAGUGAUAGAUACAGCGAUGCCAGUGAUGACAGCUUUUCAGAGCAAAGGAUAGCUGAGUUGGAAAUCAGCUGAAACUGAUACGUGACUUGGAAUCACCAGGACUGCCUGAGAGGGCUCUGAAGUAACCGAAGCCAAGAUGAAGGAAGUAUCUAAGGAAAUCACCACACUCAUAGAAUCACUCUUUUCUCCACCAAACAUGGGAUGUACAGCCUCGAGGGGAAUCUAAUAAUAUGCACUUCCAUGAACCAGAAUCAAAGGGGUAGUUUUCUUUUUCCUCCAGAGGUGACCUUUGGUUCUUGCAAAUUUCUGUAGCCAAUUAAACUUUUCCCAGCAACUUCA